GGAAGUCUGUAGGCUAAAGACCAGUUAUGGGUUGGUUAGCCUAAUGCUUUUGUGCGCCUCAUCCGGAUCUAAUAUUAUAGCCCGUUUAACGCUGAUGCAAUGUAGCCUAAGUUUCAUUGUAAAUUACGGAAGAUGGUGUCUUCUGCGGCUUGAAAGUUGUCUCGUGCAGACAGGUCGACGGAACAUCAUACCAAUUCUUUUGUGAUCUUAACAGGAUAGCGCCUUCAGAGGGUCUUAUUGUUUAAUCUUUUCACAUCGCCAGUUUGACACCGAGGGCUUCAGGAAGUUGAAACAGGCCGGAGAUUGUGACUGGGCCAUAAAAAUAAGACUAGCUGUGAGAAAGCGCUUCAUAACUUCCCUGGGGGGAAAUACCAUAUGCCUCAGUGUCCAAGGUAACGAGCACUCAGAGAUGCCUUUCACAUCCUGUGUGUCUUUCCCAGUCUCUAGCUUCUGUUUAAUUUCGUUUGCCCGCAAACUGCAUCGACUGAACGUUUGGCCAAACACAAGGGCAUCGUUCACCUGUCAGUGUGCCUAAAGAUAGAAAACUGAUUACAAUACUAGAGAACGUUCAAAUGGUUGCUGCUAUGGUGGAUGAGUCAUUCGGCUUGUACGCGAUUGGGCGAUGGUUUAGCGGAGAAAAAAGCUCGGGGGACUGUCAGUCAAUUACAGGCAUCUUCUCUCCUAUUCACGCGUUUCUCAGCAUGCGCAGUACGGGAGAGCAACUCAUUCAUAAAAAAAGGGAAAGUUCAUUCAUGAAAAUUGCGACAGCGCGCGCUCUGUCGCUAUAGCAUCGUGGCGCAAAAAGGACCUUGACUCACUUACACACGCGCACGCAUUCUGCCGAGGAAGAGCUUUUAGUGAGUGUCGGGACCUCUCUUUGCUAUGGUGGCGUUGCCUGUGAGCGGUAGACUAACCCGUCAGGGUACUACAGGAUAACAUUACCAUCCUGGAUAUGACUCUGCCCCAUGGAGGUCGUAUAGCUCUUGGCGGGCGUGCAAGUGUUUGUUCAACUUCGACAGCGCCUUCCCUCUGCCCUCUGUGGCUAUGAAAGAGUCCAGCUUGCCCAAAGUCUGUGCAAACGCUGGUCUCUUCGCACAGAGAGGCAUGCUGUACCGAUCCAAGUACAGCCGCCUCCGCAACGACUCGGUCACCUCGCUGGAGGACAGCCCUCAGACCAGUGGUGGACCCCUGAAGGUCGGAGCCAAGGCCCCUCCCUGUGUGGCCCCCAACCAGCCCGGCAGCCUGGCCCUCCUGGACCCCGCGGCGUCCCCUCCCCAGGAGGGGGGCCCGUCCACCCUGUGCACCUUCAUCCCUCGGAUGGCCAACAUAAAGAUCUCUAGUCCGGCCUCACUGCUGGGGCUGCGGAGGCUAAGCCCCCGGAGCCAGCCUGCACCUGUGUCCAACUGCUGUCCUGGCACCACCGGUCAGCACGGGGCGUCCUGUCCCUUGGCAUGCAACCCAGUGUGUGUGUCAUCUCCCCGCAAGACCAAUAUGGAGAUCGACUGGUGUAGACUGGAUCAACCAGGCUGCGGAGUAUCUUUUAAGAUCAAGUACAUGGGCUGUUUGGAAGUGAUCCAGUCAAUGAGGGCCCUGGAUUUCGAGACAAGAACGCAAGUCACACGGGAGGCUAUAUGUCGGCUGUGUGAAAGUGUACAAGGGGCCAAGACAGUGCUGAAGCGGCGGAAGCCACCACGUAAAGGCCUGUCAACAAUUCUUGGCAAGAGCAACCUGCAGUUUUCUGGAACAAACCUCAAGCUGAGCAUCACAAUGAACAGUUUAAAAUUAAUCACUCUUGAUUCCCUUCAGACUGUGGCUCAGCAUCCGAUGCAGUCCAUUUCCUUUGCCUCCGGAGGAGACCCUGAGACUGCAGAUUAUGUUGCCUAUGUUGCCAAAGAUUCUGUCAAUGAAAGAGCUUGUCACAUAUUGGAGUGUCCAGAGGGCCUGGCGCAAGAGGUGAUCAACACGAUCGGACAGGCGUUUGAAAAGCGUUUCCGGCAGUUUCUUAGCAGUCCACCGUCACACACAGUGGCUAAGGAAAGAGUGAAUGCAGAGGAGUCCCACCGCAGCCUUGUGCUGGUCAGAAGCCUCAGCCCAGAGUGCUUAGGCUCCCGGGGAGGCCACAACUACUACAACGAGGUCCUGGGCAAGGCGGCGCCGCUGGGGGGUCUGCAGGACCCAUGCGUGGAGCUGGCCGAGUUGCGGGAGGAAGACGAGGGCCGAGGAAGGACAGGCUCCCCGCCGCUCAGCGCACUCUAUGAGAACUGCCCGCUCCCGCACAGGCAGCUGCUGCCAUCUGCAGAGCCGCUCGAACAGACGGGGAGUGAGACGGAGGUGGAGGAUGGCCCGCUAGCGGAAGCGCCACCGCUGCCAAGCGCGCCCGUGCCUGUUCCCGUGCCCGCCCACCAUCACCACCCCCAGCAGCAGCAGCCCUUGGCCGGAGAGGGCUGGUACCACGGCAGGCUGAGCCGGCGGGAGGCCGAGAGCCGGCUGGCCCGCAGCGGCGACUUCCUGGUGCGGGAGAGCUGCUCGGCGCCGGGCCAGUAUGUGCUGAGUGGGCUGCAGGGAGACGCCGCCAAGCACCUGCUGCUCAUGGACCCGGAGGGAACGGUGAGGACAAAGGAUAACGUAUUCCAAAGUGUUGGACAUCUCAUUCGUCAUCACAUGGACAAUCAGCAGCCAAUUGUGUCCUCUGGAAGCGAGUUAUGUUUGAAGCAGCCUGUCCUGCUGAAGCAGUAGCCAGACCGGCGUUAGGAACUCUGUGCCCGUACAUCUCUUUCUGCACUUUCUGUGGACCUCCUUCCACCUGCAUGCCAUUAUAGUGAAUACAGUGAACAGCUACUUUGGUCACCAUUCAUGGACUUACUCCAUGGAUUUUAGCCACAAAAGAGACUCUUUUAGCUUAUACAGGUGUCUGAAAGCACAAAUAUAUACAAUAUAAGUAGAGCAAGAGGUUGCCUGCUGUGUUUUGUUAAAAAGAUUUUCUUUGUGUUGUUUCUUUGAUAUGGUGCCUUGUUGGAGUUAUCAGACAUAUGAUUGAAUAUUUUGUAAACUAGAUUUUUGUACUUUGUAUUUUGAUACAUGUCACAUUUCAGAAAUGUGGUUGUCUUUAAAAUUAACCAGAGCUGAUAUAUCUGGCUCUUUCAUAUCAUGAAGGUGAAGGAGCUUGAUUCAUUUUGAUUAAACUAUACUACACUUUAAUACACAGUUCAACCCUGAAAUAUGCAAAACAUAAUCAAUACGUUGUUUAUACAUUGGGGCUUUAAAUAGAUUCAGGAGAUGCAUGAAUAAGGUACUAGGGUAGAGCUUGUCAGUGGCCUAAAUGUGUUUAGCAGCAUAAAAACAGUCUGAGCUCGGUAAAACUUGGUUUUACAAUUCAUUACAACGGAAUUCAUAGCAAAUGCAAACUAACAAAUCGUGGAGCAACCAGUGUUUCAGUAUAGUUACAUUCAUCUAAUAAAAAUGAAAAUUUGUAUGAAAUGUUUGGAAAACCUUGUUCCUUUAAGAUGAAUGUUUUAAAAUGAUAUAAAAUGUUAAAUGUUAAAAUGUAAAAAAACAUAUAGUGUAAGAGUUUUAACUGAUAUACCUUUUAUACUAAGUUAAGAUAAUUAGGCUGCUCAAAACUAGGCAUCAUAGAAUCAUAGAAAUGAAAAUAAGAAUUUCACUCUGCAUUGUAAAUGUAUUUCUCCUUUUCUUUUUAAAUGUACAUGUAAAUAUUUUGAAAU